UCCCGAUUUGCUCCCGCGCUCGACGUCCUCGAUAGGGCAUCCCUCCGGGCUGCGGCACCGAACCGAAGUCUCUCGGGCCCCGGCACGUCACACUCCUACAUUACCUACCGAGGUACCGGUACCUCGCCGUGCUUGGUCACCGCCGCCAGCACAAUGUCCGACUCCCUCGACUCCAUCGUCAAGGGCGCCCCGAUGACCAUCCCGGGGCAGGACCCCGCCAAAGCCGCCGGCGGCACCACCCCGAUCGCCUCCUCCGCCUCGCCCCCGACCCCGGGCAAGCCCGGCGACCCGCUCUCGCACACGCCGAGCUCGCCCUCGAUGAUCUACCUCAACCUCCUCGUGCUCGAAGCGUCGCUGCGGGCCCAGUACCUCGAGCUGCGGGCGCGGCGGCGGCACCACACCUUCUUCCUGUCGCUGCUGACGCUGUGGACGGCCUUCUUCGGGUACGCGCUGUUCUUCGCGCCGCGCGAGGACGGCCGUGGGGUCGGCGGCAGCGUGUACUGGGUGGUCGAGACGACGGAGCACAUGUGCUUCCUGGGCGGCGUCGUCACGGGCCUGCUCGUGUGGGCCACGGGCAUCUGGGAGCGCGGCGUGCGCUGGCCGCGCCGCUGGCUCGCCGUCUCGAACCGCGGCCUGCGCGCCUUCAACUGCAAGCUCGUGGUCAUGAAGCGGCCCUGGUGGAAGGAGGCCCUCAGCACCGCCGGCUGGUUCCUCACCUACGGCCUGUUUUCGAAUAAUGGGAGCUCGUAUCGCUGGGUCGAGCCCGGGCUGCUGCGGGAGGUAGAUAAGGAGUUGCAUUUAUCGCGGGAGAGCCACCCGAUGGUGCAUGUGACGAACUGGGACGAGGAGAAGGGCGGGCACGAGGAGGAUUUGGCCUCGGGCGGGGACUACAUCAAGCUCCUGCUGCUGGCGAAGCCAUUCUCGCCUACGUUUAGGGAGAACUGGGAGCUGUACAGGGCGGAGUACUGGGAGAAGGAGAACGAGCGCCGCGCUCUGCUACGGGUCAGAAUCAAAGAGCGGGAUCGCAAGCUGGGCAAGCAAAACCGCGGCUGGUUUUGGUGGCUCCCCGGGGGAAGGGCUACGAUGGAGAAACCCGUUGCGGUAGCUAACGAGAAGGUCCACCACCCGCGACACGCGGCUGUAGUGAGCGAGCACAGACGGACAAGAAGCGGCAGCGCAAGUAUGCGCCGAGGCAGUAUGUCGAGCGUUCACGGAUCACGAACCCCGACGCCCAAGCUCGAGGCGGAAGAGUAUCCCGGUAUCAUCACUCGUAAAGGCAGCACGUCUUCUGAUACCUCGGAGAAGAAGCGCAAGAAGCUAGCUACCGGGGCGAAGAACCGGCCCCGCGUGGAGUCGAGGUCCGUGACUCCCGAGAUAACGUCGCCGCUGGCCAAACAGAGCACCCCGAAAUCGAGCGCUACGAGGGCAAGUCCCUAGAUGAUGGCUUGUUGGCCGCAGUUGUCUGUAUUAUAGACGACGUUCUGCAUGUCGAUGGUUGUCAGAAAAAGGAUACCCUCUAUAUAUCAUAUACGCUACUUUACGUCUGAUACUUGGGGAGACGGACCAAAUGUUCAUGGGCGAUAUUGAAAGGGGUGGCUCGGGGGUGGUCACGUUGGUUCCCAACCCUGGAUUCCAAGGGUUCGGGUCAAGUCUCGACCAAUUUAACCCGCCCCACUUCCAGGUUGCCGCCCAGGCAGACAUCGCGCUUGGACGACUUGGUCGAGUCGCGACUUCACUCAAUGAGGGAGGGAGCUGAAAGUCUCUCGUCUCAUCAUUCAAAAGGAAGGCAAAGCCAAUG